GCGGAGAGGUCACAGGCGUCACUCCGCUGGGCACAGUUUGUGUCGUCAGCACGUAGACGGUAGAAAUCUGUGGCGAACUGUGGUCCAAGCCGUCCAAGUUGUGCAGCUGUUUGCGUAGUUCGCUAAUAGGUCUGUGCGUGUGAUAUAGGGUAUGUAGUAUGGUCCUGAACGUCUUUAGCUGUCAGGUUGAGUGUUUUAUCUGGUGUUAAUAGUAUGAGCUUAGAUUAUGUUGAAGUCAGGACUUCGAUAAGUGAACUCAGUUCUACAUAUUUGGUAAGAAGCUGUUAAAACAUAAUUACGUCUCUCGUGAAGAGAGAGAGAGAGAGAGUAAUUUGCGAUUUAAGUCGACUCCUUACUUGGAUUUUGCUGACAUAAGAGCUUCUUUGUAUCGCAUACGCUGGUGGCGAGAUGUCUAUUUUUGUGUGUGAUAAAGGAUUCAUUGAGGAUUAAAUGUUUGAAAGGGACGCGAAUACUUCCUGGGAAUGAAAGAAUAUGCCAUUAGGAAGGUCCAGGAAAACCAGGUGUGACUGAAACUGAAUGGGACAAGUCAGCUACUGGUCUAUCCUGAUGAUGUGAAUCUACUGGGUGAUAAUAUAGAUACUGUAAAGAAAAACACAGAAACUUAAAUUGAUGCUAGCGAGGAUGUUGGUCUAGAGAUGUUGAUUUUGCAGUAAUGGGUGAUUCUGUUGAUAAUGAUUCAGCCUUUUGUGAUCUUGAAAUGGAGCAACAAGUACUUCCCGUAUUUCCCGACUCAUCAAAACCGUGUGUUGAAGUAUGGAAUGACAAAUUGGCAAGAGGAGUUUUAUCGUGCACACACUUUAAGGAACACUGGCGAAUCUGGGUUCCUAAAAUCUAUAGCCCUGAACCUAAUAGAAAUUGCCUUGAUUGGAGCUUUGAUGAGUCCAAAGCUCAGGAGGUUUUGUUUGACACUUUGGAACAGUUUAUUUGUAAUGGUGAUCCACAAGAGGUUGUGACAAAAUUGAGUCAGUUGGAUAGCCCACCUUCAGUUUGUGGGCGAGUAUUCAAGAUGGGGGAGCCAACAUACAGUUGCCGUGAAUGUGGUCUGGACUCCACUUGUGUCCUUUGUGUGAACUGUUUCAAGCAGUCUGCCCAUCGUUUUCAUAAAUAUAAGAUGGGAACAUCUGGUGGGGGUGGGUGCUGUGACUGUGGUGAUACCGAGGCAUGGCGGACAGAACCCUUCUGUGACAUACAUCUGGCAGGGUCAGAAACACGGCCAGACUCAACUGGAAACCGUUUGCCUGAUGAUCUCACCGAACGAGCCCGUGCCACAUUCAGGGCUGUGCUGAAGUACGCAUAUCAGUUGCUAACAUUGGAGCACUCUACUGGCCUCCCUUCUGAUCUCCAAGUGAAGGAAUGUGAUGAGGAUCCGCUUGGCUUCCUGGAUACUCCUGACACAUACUGCACUGUCCUGUUUAAUGAUGAAACUCACACUUUUGAACAGGUGAUCACCACAUUAGCUCGGGUCAUUAAAUGCUCACAGAGGGAUGCCAUCGAGUUUGUUACCAACAUUGACCGAGAAGGAAGAGCUGUUGUCAAGUGCUCCACCUUUCAGCACUGCAGUGAGCUCAAGACAGAUAUCGAACGUUUCACUGCUCGUCACGGAAACCGUCCACUGAAGGUGCUGGUGGUGCAUGCUCAUGUAGUAGCCCAUCAGUUUUAUGCCAUGAAACUUUUGGAUUGGCUGCAAAAGAUCCUUGGUUAUGCAGAAGGUUUCCGGGUUGUAUUCAGCGAAGUGGCUCUGCAAACGAAGUCCCCUGAUGCCUCCAUUGUGGAAGGAAUUCUUCUCCGUGAUUCUCAUCUUUGGAAAUCUGCGCGUACACAUUGGCAUCGCCUUAUCAUCUCGGGCAUGUUGAUGGAGUAUGAAAGCAAGAAAGAAUUUGCGAAAGUCUUUACAAAGAAUUAUGGUUCCGUUCUCAAGGACUUCAUGAGAGAUGACCAUGACCACUCAUUCUCAGUAGCAUCUAUGUCCGUUCAAGUUUUUACUGUCCCAACAUUAGCUCAUCAUUUGAUCGCAAAAGAAGAGGUACUCUUCAACCUUCUACACACAUUUAUUUCCGAGUGUUCUAGAAAAUGCAACAAAGCUGGAAAGCUGGAAUUUGAACGUAAUGUUCCAAGUGGCACCUUCAAACGUGCUCAAUAUAUACUCUAUGAUUUAAGAUAUUUGCUUAGUUCAAAACCUACAGAAUGGACUGAUGAUCUUCGGAGGGGUUUCUUACAGGGAAUAUCCCUGCUUCUGAAUCUUCUGACGUGUAUGCAAGGAAUGGAUUUAGUGACGAGACAGGUGGGCCAGCAUAUGGAGUAUGAACCUGAAUGGGAAUCUGCAUUUAAUCUUCAUAUCAAAUUGGCCCCUGCUAUCACUCUUGCUCUGGAAUGGUGCGGCACUGACAGGGUUGUACUGAUCAAAGCUUAUCGAGCGACGCUGAAGAAGUUGUAUGCAAAUCCAAGUUUUGAUCAUACUCAAGCUGGUGAGGUACGCGAGUUGGCUGACCACAGCGCUACAUGCAUCCAGUAUGAUGUUGCAUCGCAACCAGUGUCCAUCCAUCUGCCUUUGUCUCGUUUUCUAGCAGGUCUACAUCUGCAUUUGGAAAAAUUUGGUCUCAGUUUUGACAGCCAUGAACUACAGGUGUUUCCGAGACCAACACCAGAGCAGCUGAUUGAAUUGGUGCUACGAACACAAGUAAUGAUCUCACAAGUGCACGCAGGGAUGUGGCGACGUAAUGGGUACUCACUUCUGAAUCAGUUGUACUUCUAUCAUAAUGUGAAGUGUCGCUCAGAAAUGUUGGACCGUGAUAUUGUGCUCCUCCAAGUUGGAGCAUGUUUGAUUGAGAGCAAUGAGUUUCUCAUUCAUCUGCUCAACAAGUUUAAUUUAAUGAAUUGGGCUAAUCCCCAGUUUGAACUGAACACUUUGAAAAGUCCAGAAGAAGACAGCAUGAGGCAAACCAUUAGUUUGGUUGAAGAAUUCUUAGGGGUGCUGGUCAUGUUGGUGGGUGAGAGAUAUACUCCAGGUGUGGGGAAGGUCACUUCUGAUGACCGAAUUAAGAAGGAACUUAUCCAGCAACUGUGCAUUAAGCCUCUGCCUCACUCUGAAUUGAACAAAACGUUGCCUGAAGAUGUGAACCAUGAAACUGGCAUGGAGAGGGUUAUAGAUCAGGUUGCUGAAUUCAAGAAGCCAGGACAGGGAACAGGAAAGGGUGUCUAUGAACUGAAGCCUGAACUCUAUUCUGAAUAUAAUGUCUUCUUUUACCAUUACACAAGGGAAGAGUUGUCAAAAUCUGAAGAGACUCAGCGCAAAAGGCGGAAAGCUGCAGGUGAAGCAGAAUGUUGCCCUCCUCCACCAUUACCGCCAUUAACAGAUGCAUUUAUGAUGAUGGCUAAUUUGCUUCAGUGUGAUGUGAUGCUCCAUAUUAUGCAAGUUGUAUUGGAACGCAGUGUUAACCUUCGAGCUAGGAGUUUCUCUGAAGCUCAACUGCACAAAGUCUUACAUCUUAUUGGGUAUGCCUUGCAGGAGGAGGAGAAACAGUAUUGCCAGUUUUUACUCUUUACUGAACGUGCCGAGAAGUGGGGAUUGGAGCAGCUUAUAGAAGAAUUGUGUUCAAAUCCAAGGGUUGAAGCACACAAAGAUUUGUUGGCAUGGACGUUGGCUAAAUACCGACAAGUGGCGGCCCCAAGGAGGCAAGGAGUUCCAGCUAAUACUGCACCUUCAACACCUAUACAAGAAACAUCACAAAGUGAAGAUACAGCAAAGGAGGAGAAAGAGUGGCGAGCUAAGAUGGCAGCUCAAAAGAGAGCAAAGAUUAUGGCUCAGAUGACAGCCAUGCAGAAAAACUUCAUGAAAGAGAAUGCAAAGUUGUUUGAAGCUACUUCAUCUGAAGUGGGGAAAACAGGUGAACUAAGGGACUCUGCUAUGGAUCUCACUGAGAGUCUAGAAGCAACUCCAGUGUCAUUAGGACCAAAUCAGACAUCCAAAGUUACCACAGAGCACACUUACACAUGUAUCCUUUGCCAGGAAGAUCAGACUGUGUCUGCAGAUGGGCCAGCAUUGGUAUUAGCAGCAUUUGUUCAGCAGUCUACAGUUCUUUGUCAGCGCCGUAAAACAGAAAGCCUGGACAUGGAGGAAAGUGGUGGGGAUGACCAGCCAGAUCCCCUGUUGCUUCCUGCAACCCUAGGCCCUGCACCACACACUGGCACGUGUGGUCAUGUUAUGCACAGUCACUGCUGGCAGAAAUAUUUUGACAAUAUUUUAGCUAAGGAAAACAGACGACCAUAUCGUCUCCGUCAGCCCUCAAGCUUCGACGUAGAAAAGCAUGAGUUUCUUUGUCCAUUGUGUGAAUGCCUCAGUAAUACUGUAUUGCCUCUAGUUCCACCUCUUGGAGCAUUACAGCCACCACAGUCAUCAGGUCAACCAGCACAAACAAAUAUUAGCUUCGAAGCUUGGUUACAAGGACUUCAGAUUGCACUGAAGUACAAAAGGAAACUUACAAAUGGUGUUCGAAACUUAGAAUCAAGGCGAACUUCACCACGAAUCCAGGCCAUCCGUGCACAGGAAAGUAGUUCAGAACAGAACCAGUCAGAUUUUCAGAUUGGUGACACUGAUGGAGAUUCUCAGCCCCUUCAACAGUUGCUGUAUACAUGCCCUCUAGAUCAAGUUGCCAUUGAGUUGGGUGAUUCAGGACCAAAUUUUGCAGCCCUCUUCUCAGCUGAUAGAAAUCUUGCAGAACAACCAAAAUUUUCAGACAGCCUCUCAGAUAUAAUAAUCCUAUAUUCUCAAGCUACAUAUACAAAAGGUCUGUGUGUCCAUCCUCACCUAGGUGACUCACGAGUACCACUGAUGACAUGGAAAUCUUGCGCAUACACAAUCCAUUCUCUGGAAUGCUUGUUGCGAGACAUGAAGAAACCAUUGCUUGGAGACCUGUCGUGUCGUCGACAGGACUGCUUGGAAAGUUUAGUUCGUAUUGUUGGAGUGCUGGGUACCACUUGGAAUCGACCAGAAAUUAUAAGCAGUCAUGCUCUACGUUUGCUUUCAAUGAUUCUUGAUAAUCCAUCUGAUGGUCCAUGUAUUUUUGACUGGGAUUGUUUUGGAGUGCUGGUGCCUCUAACACUCUCCCUUCCAAGUCUCUUCUCGAGUGAUCAGCCUACUCCAAUUCCAAGUGGGAACACGCAAGAGUUAAACACACUGAAACUCAUGUUUCUAUCACAUGUUGUCAAAAUUUUACUGACAGCUGAUUUCAGCGAGGGAAUAAUGCCAAUGGACGUGGAUGAAGAAGAGUCAGCAGUGAAUAGCAAUAUAUUAGAGCUUGUGAGUACUGUUCGUAAGGUGGCAGCAGUGACUGGUGGUGAAAAUGCAGCUAAGUUGGAUGCCCGUGUUGUAUGGACACAGGUUAAAGAUGCUUGUAUUCCAUUUCUGCGUUGCUGUGCUUUAUUCUACCAUUUUCUUACUGGUGUUCCUGGGCCAGAUGUACUUAUGGAAGUUGGAGGAGACUCAUUUGAAAAUCUUUGUGCCUAUUUGGGUCUCCCAAAUUCUUACCAUGAACUGGUAUCUUCAUCUGUCGUUUUUGAUCUGUCAGUGAAAUGGGCAAAGCAUGAGAAGGUGCGUGAAUAUUUGUCUGGAGCAUCAAACUUGACUCCUGUUGCUGUCCCCCUGCCUGUGAACCAGUUAGUCGCCCUUCCUGCAGACUACAGCGAACUGAUCAACACAGUCUCUCUCUUCACCUGCCCAAACAGUGAACAUGAAGACUCCCGUAACCCAACGAUGUGCUUGGUUUGUGGUCAGAUGCUAUGUUCUCAGAGCUACUGUUGCCAAACAGAGCUGGAUAAAAUUUUAGUUGGUGCAUGUACUUAUCAUGCCCAUGAAUGUGGUGCUGGAGUUGGAAUAUUUCUUCGAGUACGAGAAUGUGAAAUUCUUCUCCUAGCCAGUCCAAAUAGAGGCUGUUUCAUGUCUCCUCCAUACCUUGAUCAAUAUGGUGAGACAGAUCAAGGUUUAAGGCGAGGGAAUCCACUGCGGCUCUGUCCUGAGAGAUACAAGAAACUCCAACUGCUGUGGUUGGGGCAUGGCAUUCAUGAGGAGAUUGCAAGAGCCAUAGAGUCGAGUUCCAGUGUUGUGCCCACCCAAUGGCAGCAUCUGUAGAUUAAGGGAUCCUGGAUAAGUGGGGGAGUGUCUGGGAAUUGAGACUUCAUUGUAAUGGGAAUUAAUUUGUUCCUGAUUUUAAAUGAAUAAUGUGAAGUGAAUAUCAAGUAUGUAAGAUAUGAAGCUUUCACAGCAAAGCAGCAGAAAUAAAAUUACAUCUGGACAAUGUAAACAGGAAGGAACUAUUCAAACUCAGCAAAGCAGAGAAUCUCAGCACCAGGUUAUUAAGGCACCUCCAACACACACACAUCACAAAAAUCCCAAGAAAGAAAACAGAAUAACUGACAACAGGGACACCAGGUUAAGCUGUGUGGUGAUAGGUUAGAAUGACGGAUGACCACGCAGUUUUGACUCUGCCUUCCUACUGCAUAGUACGCUAAUGGGAAGAGGCAUCGAUUUGACAAACUGGUAUAAAUAUCAGUAACAUAGGGUCAUUCACCACAUCAGCCCUCAUGAUAAGAGACUGAGGAGAUGUCUGAAAUGUUAGUUUUUAGUUCAACAUUGAUCCAGCUGAUUGCCUGAGAAGGUUUUAGCACAUGAAUAUUAGACAUUUUGUCAUUAUAAAGAUUCUUGGUAAUGGUUUGAUAUUAUUAUGUUCUCUGGACAUUAUCCAUCAUGUGUAUUUGGCCCAGUCACAAGGAUUUGCUGAAUAUCUUUACCCUAUUCCUUACCAGGAGACAUAGACAAAGCCAGACUGUGAAGCACUGUAGUUGUAACCUCAACUACGGAGAGUGGACACUGUCCAACGAAAAAUCCUUACAUCUCUCAUAUAUUUGUUGUGUUUAUGUCUGUUGUAAAAUUCCUAGAUAUUCCCCCAGCUUCAUUAAUUUUAGUAAAUCUCUUUCCUUCAUAAUUCUAUAAAUUAUGUGAAUCCGAUCUUUUUAUAAUACUGAGACGUUACAUAAGGUAUGUACAUUUUCUGCAUGUUGCAUGGUAUUUCAUAAUCACCGGUUUUAAUUUUACUGUCAACACAUCUCGAAUAUAAUGCUGUAAUAAUAACACCAGUCAAACCUUACAUGUAACAUUUAAUAUUGUUAGACUGUUAUGAUUUAUGGAUAUAUUCACAGAACUGUAAAACUAUGACAUUAUGAAGCCAGAUCCUAAAAAUGGAGUUAGGAUGUUUCUAAAUUAGGUUGCACUUUUCAACAGUUAUACCCAAAAAUGAGUAAGGCUGUAAGUGUGAAACAUACUGUAUUAUGUUGGACAUUUUUUCCUGGUGCAGUUGCCUGUUUCACAAAUGUUCCAUAUGAUGUCCUUGGGUAAUACAGACGAUGUCUCAUAUGUCCCACCUUAACCUAGGUAACAGUUCUCAUUUACGUUUUGUCAGGCGUUUGUGAUGGGAUGCUGAUACACUUGAUCCUUGAUGUAGUGACAUGGGGAAAAGUUGGCUGUGGUCAAGUUAGGUGACUGAGGGAACCAGGCCAUGCAUCAGGAAAGGAUAAUCAUGUCUGUGUUCCAUGGACAUAUGGGGUUUCUGCUCCUCCACUUUGCCACUGGUGUAGAACAUGGCCUCAUAGCGAGCUGUUUAUACAAAAAAGUGUCACCUAAUUCUGAAUGACUCUGUAUAAUUCCAGUUAUUAAGUAAAUGCUGAAGUCUCUAUACAGAAGGAGUAUGCACAAUGAAACUAGAUGAAAUAAUUUAAUUUCUAACAUUUCAUACAGGAAAUAGUGCUAUUUGAUGACCAAAAAUUUAGUUCCACAGACGGUGGGCAUGGCAGCACUCCA